UAGUUAGAUCAAUAUUACAUUUAUCUAAUUACAUUUUAAUUUCUUUUUACCAAUUGAAUAUAUUUGAGGUUCUAGAUAUUAUGAUGAAAUGUUCUUAAAUUAGAACUCUUCGACACUCUCUCUCAUGUCUUUCACUAUCUUUUUUAAAUACUAGAAACUCAUUGAGAAAAGCAAUGGAUGUGCUCUUAAUUGCAUAAAUUACUCCCACCAAUCUGCUCCGUAGAAAAUUAAAUUAGACACUUUCCCAAAAAAUUUGUAGCCUGCCUAAAUUUUCUCAUUGCCGCUUCCAUCAAAUAGUCUAAAAAACGAUUGGUCAGAGUCUAGUCCAUAACUGUAUAAAUCGAAACAUUAUCCUCAUCAAUCUCACAACAAUAACAAUUCAAAUUCACACACGAUUAACAGCAACAAAAUGUCUACAAAAUCUAUCCUUCUACCUUUUCUUCUCCUAAUCAUGUUUGUCACUUCAUCUCAAGCAAGUCGUCAACUCUGGGAUAGUGAAUUCCACGAUUUUUUCUCCAAAUCCGGGUUCCAUGGGAUUAAUAAGGUUCACGGGAUUCAAGGGUUUCAUCAUGGGACUCAUGGGAUUCCUAAGUUUCCCGGAACUGGAAAUUUUAUGAGUGGGGUACAUACAUGCAGCAUGCAAGGACCUUGUAAAGGUAAGAAGUUGAAGUGUCCUGAGACGUGCUACAAAUCAACCAACGUUAACAAGGAAGGUUAUAAAAGCACUAGCAAGAGCGGAGGAUGUUCAUUUGACUGUACGACCAAGUGUAGCGCCACUUGUUCAUCAUAACUGAAACAUAUACAUGUUCUAGCUUAUGUUAUGUUAUCUUAUAGUCUAUAUAUAUAAAUCUGUGUUCAUUUGACUGUACGACCAAGUGUAUAUGAAUCUGUUUAAAACGGCAUUUGUAUUGGAGAGUUUGUUUCUCCUUUGUAUGUAUUACUUUUGAUUAGUAUCUUUCUAUCAUUCUCUAUGUACAUAAUAUG